AUGCUCAGGGGGGUUUUGGACACUCCUCGGCGGUUGCUGAAGGAGGGAAGGGAGUCCCGGAAGCUGGUGCUCGUGGUGGUGUUUGUUGCUCUGCUCCUGGACAACAUGCUGCUUACUGUGGUGGUGCCCAUUGUGCCCACCUUCCUAUAUGCCACGGAGUUCCAAGAAGCCAGCACUUCUCUGCACCUCAGCCCCUCCAUGACUCCCCAGCGUGUUCCUGCCCCUCCUGCCUUUUCCACCAUCUUCUCCUUCUUUGAUAACAACACAGUGGCUACUGAUGAAAGCGCUCUUCACAGUAGCAGAGCAUGGAUAAAUGGCACUUCUGGCACUGUCCUCCCUCCUGUCACUGGAGCCUUCCCAGCACAUAAGAACAACUGCUUGCAAGGCUCAGAGUUCUUGGAGGAAGAGAACAUACGGGUCGGGGUUCUGUUUGCUUCAAAGGCUCUGAUGCAACUUCUGGUCAACCCGUUCGUGGGGCCUCUCACCAACAGGAUUGGAUAUCACAUUCCCAUGUUUGCUGGCUUUGUUAUCAUGUUUCUCUCCACAAUUAUGUUUGCUUUUUCUGGUACCUAUACCCUGCUUUUUGUGGCCCGAACCCUUCAAGGCAUCGGAUCUUCAUUUUCAUCUGUUGCAGGUCUGGGGAUGCUGGCAAGUGUCUACACUGAUGACUUCGAGAGAGGGCGUGCCAUGGGAGUCGCCUUGGGGGGCCUAGCUUUGGGAGUGCUGGUGGGAGCUCCAUUUGGAAGUGUGAUGUAUGAGUUUGUUGGGAAGUCAGCACCCUUCCUCAUUUUGGCCUUCCUGGCACUGCUGGACGGAGCCCUCCAGCUUUGUACCCUCCAGCCUUCCAAAGCUUCCCCUGAGAGAGCCGAGGGAACUCCACUCCUAACGCUUCUCAAAGACCCCUAUAUCCUGGUGGCUGCAGGCUCCAUCUGCUUUGCCAACAUGGGAGUGGCUAUGCUGGAGCCCACACUCCCCAUCUGGAUGAUGCAGACUAUGUGCUCCCCUGAGUGGCAGCUAGGUCUAGCUUUCUUGCCUGCCAGUGUGUCCUACCUCAUUGGCACCAACCUCUUUGGUGUGCUGGCCAACAAGAUGGGUCGGUGGCUCUGCUCCCUCAUUGGGAUGGUGAUAGUAGGUACCAGCUUGCUUUGUGUUCCUCUGGCUCAGAAUAUUCUUGGUCUCAUCGGCCCCAAUGCAGGGCUUGGCUUUUCCAUAGGCAUGGUGGAUUCCUCUAUGAUGCCCAUCAUGGGGCAUCUGGUGGACCUGCGCCACACCUCGGUGUAUGGGAGUGUCUAUGCCAUUGCUGACGUGGCCUUUUGCAUGGGCUUCGCGAUAGGCCCGUCCACUGGGGGUGCCAUCGUGCACGCCAUCGGCUUCCCCUGGCUCAUGGUCAUCAUCGGGGUUGCCAACAUCAUCUAUGCCCCUCUCUGCUACUACCUGAGGAACCCCCCAGCCAAAGAGGAGAAUCUUGCAAUUCUGAGCCAGGAGUGCCCCAUGGAGACCCGGGCGUAUGCAACCCAGAAGCCCACCAGGGAAUUUCCUCUUGGAGAGGGCAGCGAUGAGGAGCCUGACAGUGAGGAGUAGCAACAGAAGGUGGUCCCGGAGCCUUGUCACUGUGGAGCCGUGAGGCUUAGACUUCAGUGACCCCCUCUCUACCUGGAACCAGAUCCCCUUGGGCUGCUCAGGGCUUUCCUUUCCUCUCCCCAGUAUCUCCAUUCCUCCCUCCCUGGUGCCACUGCCCAGUUCCCUUUGCACUGGUGUAACCCAUGGCCCCCCCUCUAUGCUGCAGGUGGCCCAUCUUCUGUGGAAGGACAGUGGGAUGCUUCCUCCUAGGCUGUUGCUGAUUAAACUUGAGCUGUGACGGGCUCUGCAAGGGCUGACUCAUUCCAUGGGGCAGCAGUGAGCACAGGGCGCUCCUGAACCGGUGGGGUGAUGGCAAACCUCGUUUCAUUCAUAAUCUUUCCUUGGCACAUUCCCAGUGUCUCCUGAUCCUCAGCAGGGUCCUCCCUGACUUUUCCCAACUGAGUUGAGAAAACGCUCUCAAUGUGGUCCUGCUGCCAAACUGCCAAUCUGGGAAAUUGUUUGCCUGGUUUUUAGAAGCUAAGUGGCUUUUCUGUGGCUAAGCCUG